AGAGCAUCGUUCGUAGAGCUCGAACCGAGAGUGCGUGUGAUUGAAAACAACAAUAAAUAUAACAUUAUACACUAUACCUAAGAUGGCGCCACGGUUUCCGUGGCAACGACGUCGGUGGCCACUGCUGGUGCUGCUUCUUCUCGUCGGGCGCACUUGGACCAUGGCCGUCGAUCAGGAUGCCACCUGUAGCCACCUGGACCGGUGGCAGUACGGCUCGGAGCAGGACCCCUCCGAGCCGAUGAUUGAGGAAGAGUUCCGCGGACAGGUCACCGUCCUGUACAGCGUCGCACCGCCGAAACCCUUCCUGACGCAGCGCAUCUUCAAGGAACGGGAUCCGAUCUUCUACAACAAGAUCCACUACGACGAGCAGAUUCAACUAUUUCACAACCUGUUCAAUCGCUUCGAAAACAACGGCUACCGCAACGUGCAGUUCAUCCUUGGCGCGGCUCCCAGCAGGCACCCGGAAGAGACCGAAUUUGCCGAGUUCGAAGACUUCCUGGACAAUGUGACCAGCGUGGCCGCCGGCUACAACAUUUCCGUCUAUCCGAACCCGCUGAACGAGAACGGUACCUUCGCCAUGUUCGGCCUGAAGGAGUUUCAGGUGUACGUGGUGGAUCGCUGCUCGCGGAUAGCAUACAUCAUCGAACCGCCGUGGAGUCUAAUCCAAUACUCAUACGUCAAGGCGGCCGUUCUGUCCACGAUGUACGAUCGACCUUGCGGCGAGUGCGACGUGGACAAUUUUCUCAACGCUUCGCUACCGGAGAAGAAGCUCGAGCAGCUGAACUUACAGCCGUCAUUGAAUGUUACCCCGACUGCGAGCAGUUCCAAGGCUCCGCCGGUUAUUUUGAACAUAACGGAAAUGGUAACGGUCACGACGACUACGAGCACUACGCCGAUGCCGGUGGCGUCAGAUGUCUCCCCCUACGACGAAUCUACGGAAAGCGAAGAGAUGCCCGUGGAGGAAUACUCCGAUGUAGUGACAACAUCGGAGGAACCGCUCUCAAUGCAAUCGUUGAACAUUACGGAGCCCAAUGUGACCGAUAGUUCCGAGGACGAUCCGUUUGCAAAUUUCACCCCCACGGGCCCGGAGCUGGUUCUUCCGUUGAAGAUCAUAAUCCCCGCCAUCCACAUUCACUACGAUCAACCGAAAGAGAACAACUCCUACGACAAAUACUCGUACGUCGUGUUCCAAAGUGAUAACCCUUCCGUGCACCAACACGGAAGCGGAGGCCAUGUCAAAGACGAGUCUUUGCUGCGCGAAGUCCCUUUGGCAAACGAUGCCUCUGCCAACGACACCCUGCGGGUGAUUGGGUUCGAUUGGCCUCUGUCGCAGCUGAACAAAAUACUCAACACUACGGUCGUGUUCUAUGACGACCGGACGACGCAGGUGUACCGGAAACUGGCCCGGUACAAUGCUUCCGGGUUCGAUGAACUGGAAGAGGUUUCAGUGAGCAGCCAGUACGCUGCCUGGAAGCGCCACCAAGCGGAUCGAGUCGAACAGGCCAAGACCGAGAAGCGACACUUUAUCCGGAAGCACUACGAACGGCUGAUACAGUGGCUUAGCUGGCAGUUUGACAAGUCCUGAUGAUGGUCGAGGAAGGUUCGAAACUGGUACCGAAUAGAUAUUACAACUACAUCCUAGUGCUAUAUAUAGAUAUAUUUACUAUACAAACUCUUAUGAUAGAACAAAACAAGCAAUAAACAAUCAUCCUGUCGUUAA